AUGAAUCCAUCAGCAAAUAUCCUCCAUGUGUCACGAGUCACGCCUUCAACGUCUGACUCGUCCGACUCACUGACUCUCCCGCUCACCUUCUUCGACCUUCACUGGUUCAAACUUCACCCCGUUGAACGAGUCAUCUUCUACCGAAUCACCGACGCAACUCGCGCUUUCUUCGACUCAGUCCUCGUCCCUAAUCUCAAAACUUCUCUCUCCUCAACUCUCUCUCACUACCUCCCACUCGCCGGGAAACUCGUAUGGGACCCACUCGAUGAAAACCCGAGCAUCGUCUACUCCCCAAACGACGACGUUUCCUUCACCGUCGCCGAGUCAGAUUCCGAUUUCUCACGUUUGACCGACAACGAACCGUUCUCCGCCACCGAGUUACACCCAUUAGUUCCCAAGUUACAAGUCUCCGACGAUUCAGCCUCCGCCGUGUCGUUUCAAGUCACGCUGUUUCCAAACCAAGGGUUUUGCAUCGGCGUAAGCGCACACCAUGCCGUUUUAGAUGGAAAAACGACAACAAACUUUCUCAAAGCCUGGGCUCACACAUGUAAACAACCAAACCAUUCUCUACCGCAGGAUCUAAUCCCGUCUUACGAUCGCACGGUCAUAAAAGGUCCUCCGGGGAUCGAUACGCUUCUCUUGAACUCUUGGCACUCUUUCUCCAAAAUGCUCGCCGGCGGCAAAGAGCCAGAAAACCCCAAAUCUUUAAAGCUUCUUCCUUCGCCGGAGAUGGACCCUGAAACCGUCCGAUUCACGUUCGAGCUCACUCCAGAAGAUAUCCAAACGCUUCGCGAGAGAGUCAUAAGAGAGUCCUCGGAUUCCAAGCAGCUUCGCUUGUCGACGUUCGUGAUUACGUUCUCUUACAUUUUCGUUUCCUUGAUCAGAGCUCGAGGCGGCGAUCCAAAUAGAUCCGUUGGGUAUAAAUUCGCGGUGGAUUGCAGAUAUCUCAUCGUUGAUCCGCCGAUUCCGUCGAGUUAUUUCGGAAACUGUGUCUCCGGCGUCGCUAGGAAUUCGUUGACGGCGGCGACGUUUAAUGGCGAAGAAGGGUUUUUGACCGCCGCGAGAUUUGUUAGUGAUUCGGUUGAGGAGUUGGAUGAGAAUGUGGCUUGGAAGAUUCCAGAGCUUUUGAAAACGUACGCGGCUACUCCGGUCGGGUCACAGGAUCUGUCCGUUGCCGGGUCGACCCGGUUUGGAGUAUACGGGUUGGAUUUCGGGUGGGGAAGACCGGAGAAAGUAGUGAUCGUGUCGAUCGAUCAGGGCGCGAUAUCUAUGGCGGAGAGUAGAGACGGAAGUGGAGGUGUGGAGGUUGGCUUCUCGCUCAAGAAACAAGAAAUGGACGUUCUUAUCGAUUUGCUCCGUGACGGAUUAAAAAAUUAA